ACAAGUCAACUCGGGGGAGGCGGCGGCGGCGCGGCAGCGGGGGUGCGGCCGAGGCCGGAGCCCUGCCCGGGGCAGGGCGGCGGGGCGGGCGGGCGAUCAGCGGGCGAGGCCGCGAGCGCUAGCGCGGUGCAGCCCCGGCACAGCCCGGCGUAGCCCGGGGCUGCCCGUGCCGGCCGCGCCAUUGUUGGGGGAGGGGGCGGCUGAGGAGCGCGGCGGAGUCGGGGGCGAGCCAGGGCGCAGGCAGCAAGCAGCAGCGCGGAAAGCGGAGGCGCCCCAUGGGGACCACGCUGAGCUGCUGCGUGUCCCCCAAUGCCAGCCCCAAGCUGGGCCGGCGCACCGGGACGGCGGAGCCAGACUACGAGUCUGAGAUCUACGAGGCGGUGGCCGGGGACGCGGUGGCGGUAGAGCCGGCGCCCGCUGCCGUGGAGCCCGCCGAGUUAGAUUUCGGGGCCGGCGAGGGCCACCACCUGCAGCACAUCAGCGACCGGGAAAUGCCUGCAGAGUUAGCUUUGGAAUCGAAUCCCUCUGACCAUCCACGGGCAAGCACAAUUUUCCUGAGCAAAUCUCAAACAGAUGUGCGAGAAAAGAGGAAGAGCAACCAUUUAAACCAUGUAUCUCCAGGGCAUCUUACUAAAAAGUAUAGCUCAUGCUCAACAAUAUUUCUAGAUGACAGCACAGUCAGCCAGCCUAAUCUUAGAACCACAGUAAAAUGUGUGACCUUAGCAAUAUAUUACCACAUAAAGAACAGAGAUGCAAAUAGAUCACUGGAUAUUUUUGACGAGAGGUCACAUCCACUCACACGAGAGAAGGUUCCAGAAGAGUACUUUAAGCACGAUCCUGAACACAAAUUUAUUUACAGAUUUGUUCGUACUCUAUUCAGUGCUGCACAGCUAACAGCUGAAUGUGCAAUAGUAACUUUGGUUUACUUAGAAAGGCUUUUAACUUAUGCUGAGAUCGACAUUUGUCCCACUAACUGGAAAAGAAUUGUUUUGGGAGCGAUUCUUCUUGCCUCCAAGGUUUGGGACGAUCAGGCUGUAUGGAAUGUGGACUACUGCCAGAUCCUCAAGGACAUUACAGUUGAGGACAUGAAUGAGAUGGAAAGGCAUUUUUUGGAGUUGCUUCAGUUUAAUAUUAAUGUUCCUGCCAGUGUUUAUGCCAAAUACUACUUUGACCUCCGCUCCUUAGCAGAUGACAACAACGUGAAUUUUUUGUAUGCUCCUCUUAGCAAAGAAAGAGCACAGAACCUAGAGGCCAUUUCUCGAUUAUGUGACGAUAAAUACAAAGACUUAUGUAGAGCUGCCAUGAGAAGAUCUUUCAGCGCAGAUCAUUUCACUGGCAUUCGGCGCUCUAAUGCCAUCCUCUCUUAAGGGAGAAGCGAGGGGUUAGAACAUCAUGGACCCCUCACCUGCAGAGACUGGAGAAAUACCACCUCUCCUCAAAAACCAGCAAGAUUAGUAUUUUCACCAAAAAGACAGAUCUCAAAUUCAAGAGACUUGUGGACAAUGAGGAUUACACUCCAUAGGAAAGAAUGGGACCUUGUCAAUGACAAGAACACACUCUUCUGUCCGUUUUGAUGUAAAGUUACAAAACCACUCCAAAGCAAAAGCUCCCAAACCACACAGAUAUUUGCUUCUGUGUAGGCUGAUAGCUGUGAAUUAUGUGAAGUUUUUUAAACAAUAGUUUAAAUUUUUAGACUCUAAAGACACU